CUUUUCUUCUUUAAUGCUUUGAACAUCUAAAUCAAACUAUGUAGUAGCAUGGUAUUCAAUAGAUCAAUCUACCUUGUACUUCAAUUUGUUCCUCUCUUUGCAGAAAAGCUAUUUAAUUCAAUGAAUGUCCUAUCUAUUGUUGGAGAUUCUCUUUUAUCUACUACAUUUGACUUGCUAUUCCAAAAGUUAAAUGAAUAUCUAAGUGAUCAUUUAUGGGAUUCAAAAGAGGAAGCAUGUGCCCAGAUGGAAAGCUGGAAGACUCUAUUGCCAAAAAUCAUUGCUGUACUUCAACAUGCUGAAGAAAAUCAAGUUGCCAACCAAUUUGUGAAGUCAUAUCUUGAUGAUCUUAGGGACUUGGCUUAUGACAUGGAGGACAUACUUGAAGAGUUUGUGAUUGAUGCCAAGAGGUCUAAAUUGAUUGCAAAAUCUAAAGCUAGAUCUAGCAAGCGACAAAGAAUCACCUCCAUUGUUAAGAAUUUUUUUAGCUCUAAUAAGGCUAAGCCCAAUCAGGAGAUUAAUUCCAUGGUGAAGGAUCUGAGUGCUAGAUUGCAGAAAAUUCAUAAUGGGAUGUGUAGUUUAGAGUUGACCAAUUUGGCUUUGAAACUUGAAGAUAUGUCUCACAAAGUAGCUACAAAAAGACUACUUGAGUCUUCUCUUCUUGAAGAUAAGGUGUGGGGUCGAGAUAGAGAUAAAGAUGCUAUUAUUCAGAGGUUGCUAGAAGAUGGAGGUAGUCUCGAACAAGACUUUGUUAUUCCCAUCGUUGGAAUGGGUGGACUAGGCAAGACAACUCUUGCACGGCUCAUCUACAAUGACAAAAGACUAGAAGGCAUGUUUGACUUGAAGCUUCAAGAGAAAUUGAAAGGGAAGCUAUCUAGGCGUAAGUUUUUUCUUGUAUUGGAUGACGUUUGGAAUAAGGAAUAUGGCAAGUGGGAUGUCUUGAAGAGACCUUUCAUGUCAGGGGCUCUUGGAAGUAAGAUAAUUGUCACAACUCGAAAUAAGGAUGUUGGGAUGAUGAUGAGGGGAGAUGAUGGAAUUUACAAUUUAGAAUUGCUACAAGAUGAUGUUUGUUUGCCAUUAUUUACACAGCAUGCACUAGGGAAAGAGAACUUUGAUAUGCACCCCGACCUACAAGAUAUUGGUGAGAAGCUUGUUACGAGGUGCAAAAGAUUGCCAUUGGCACUAAAGACCCUCGGUGGCGUUUUACGAGGAAAGCUGCAUUAUAAGGAGUGGGAAAAUAUAUUAAAUAGUGAGAUAUGGAGCCCAUUAGAAGAUAGAAGUGGAAUUCUUCCUACUUUGAGGUUGAGCUACAAUCAUCUUCCUUCUCACUUGAAGCGAUGCUUUGCUUAUUGUGCUUUGUUCCCUAAAGACUAUGAAUUUGAAAAAAAGGAGUUGGUUCUGUUAUGGAUGGCUGAGGGCUUAUUACAGCAACAAUCUCAUGGAAAGAAGCAAAUGGAAGAGGAGAUUGGUCAUCAAUAUUUCCAAGAGUUGCUAUCAAGAUCACUCUUUCAACGAUCAAGCAGAGUUGAAUCACAAUUUGUGAUGCAUGACCUUAUAAAUGAUUUAGCCGUAGAUGUUGCUGGAGAAAUAUAUUGCAAUCUUGAACGUAGCAUGGGUGAUGAAAAAUUAAAGAAGGCUCGUCAUUUGUCAUUCACUCCACACUCUUAUGAAAUCUCAGAGAGAUUCACAGUCUUGGAUAAAUUGAAGCAUUUGAGAACAUUCUUGCCGUUGCCUACAACAAUUGGAAAUCUAAUUGAUCUCCAUUAUCUUGAUAUAAAUGAAACACCAUCUUUAAAAGAGAUGCCAGCUGAAAUUUGUAAUCUUAAAAAUCUUGUGACAUUGUCCAAAGUGAUUGUGGGGAAGGCAAGUGGAUUGAUGAGAUUAUUUGAUUUGAAGAACUUUUCACAACUUCGUGGAAGACUAUCUCUUCUAGAUCUGCAAAAUGUUUUGGAUGUUCAAGAUGCCAGGGAGGCCAACCUAGACAAAAUCCAUGGUUUGGAAGAGUUACUCUUGGGGUGGACUACUUUUGAUAAUGAUAGGAAUGAAUUAGUCCCUGAAAUGCAGGUUCUCCAUUGGUUAAAACCUCAUCCAAAUUUGAAAAGUUUGGAAAUUUUUUGCUAUAGUGGCGAGAAUUUUCCAAAUUGGGUUUGUGAUCCAUUAUUAUUUUUCAAUUUAUCAUCCAUGGUGCUCAGCAGUUGUAGGAGAUGCACUUUGUUGCCUUCACUUGGCCUAUUACCUGUUCUCAAAGAAUUGAUUAUUGAAGGCAUGGAGGCUAUAGAAGUUGUAGGUUUUGAGUUUUAUGGGAGGCAUGACUCUUUUUCGUCACUGGAGGUACUGCGAUUUCACAACAUGUUAAAUUGGAAGGAAUGGACUUCUCCAACUGGAAGUGAUGGUGAAUUCCCUUGUCUUUGCACACUUGUGAUUGAAAAUUGUCCUAAGUUAGGACAAUUACCUAGCAACCUUUCUUCACUUAAAAAGUUGGAUGUUAGAAGCUGCGAUGCAAUGCUUUUGAUGAGUAUGAGUUAUCUCACCUCGCUUGCCAAUUUGAGAAUUGAGAAAAUUUCAGAAUUGUCUUGCUUGCCUGGGAGUUUUACACGGUCCUUGAGAGCACUUGAGACUUUGGAUAUUACAUGUUGCAACGAUCUUACUUGUUUGUGGGAGGAAGGGACAGAAAUUGAACAAAGCCUCUUGCCUUUCAAUCUUAAACAUCUUAGCAUUGUGGGAUGUGCAGCUUUGGAGUCAUUACCUAAUGCAAUGAUGAUGAGGAUGGAUGGAAGCAGUAGCAGCAACACUAGCAUGUUGAUGUCGAGACUGGAAAAGUUGGAAAUUUGGGGUUGUUAUUCUCUCAAGUCUUUUCCAAGAGGUAAAUUACCUAUCACGCUUAAAUACUUAAGCAUAUCAAACUGUAAAGUUCUGGGGUCUCUACCGGAUGUGGAUGGUGAAAGUAAUAGCAAUCUACAUUUGGAAAUAACUAAUAUUCCAUGUUUGUAUUCUUCUGAGGGUUAUCAUCAUCUACUAGCUUUUCUCAAGAAAUUAACAGUUUAUGAUGGUGGUGAGUGGUUGGAAUCAUUUUCAGAGGGGAUGUUGCAACAUUGUACGGGACUCCAAUCCAUUUUUAUUUUCGAUUGUAAAAUAUUGAAAAGUUUACCAACCCUUGAUUGUGUCAACAAUCUCGUUGAAUUAUCUAUUUACGGCUGUGAAGCUUUAGAGUCCCUCCCACAUACGAUGUGCCAGCUAAAAUCUCUUCAAAGGCUAGAGAUGGUAGAGUGCCCCGGUAUCGAGUUCAUUCCAGAUGGCGGUUUGCCCCCAAACUUAACACAUCUUCAUUUAAGACGGUUUAAGAAUCUGAAGUGUGUGCCGAAUACAAUGUACCAACUCACAUCGCUUCAGGUUCUAUCACUCCCAGGUGAGGCUUUGACGAUGGGAUUUGGACAGAGCCUCCAAAGCCUUACAUCUCUUCAAGACUUGGCAAUUGAGCAGAAACUCCCUGUAGAUAUUGUGUUGCCUUCUUCUUUAACCUCUCUUGGGAUCUAUGGCCAAGAAAACUUGGAAUCCAUACCUAGUGGGUUCUUCCGAAACCUGAACUCCCUUAAAGUUUUGAAAAUAGUUCUUUGCUCGAAGCUACAAUCUUUACCAAGAGAAGGCUUCCCUCCCUCGCUUGGACGAAUAACCAUUCAAAGGUGUCCGUUUUUAGAACAACAACGCUUUGAGGAGAAAGGAGACUACUGUACUCUCACCCACACCAUCCCUUGCAUUUGGAUGGAUUAUGGUCCGGUAAUAAGACCUAGUGUGAACUGAAACUGGCAUCACCAUUUUAUACUUUUCAUAUGAGAAUUUAGAAAAAUUAUAAUGGAUAACACUUUUCUUUGACUUGGGUUGCUGUUUCUUAUACAUGCGUUUCAAAUCCUUUUUUGUGCAGAUUGACUGCUAGAGCUAACUGCUAGCUACAACCAAUUGUUGAUGAGGAUUCUUCUGUUGUAUGUAUCCAUCGAUCUGGUAUCGAGAAAACUCAUCAUGAAUGCACACACGAAUUGCAAGAGGAUUGGACUUUGAAUGUAUCAAGUCAGUGGAGCUUUAAAUAAUGGCUAAUGGCUAGUUUUGAUCAACAUUGCAAAGACAGUUGAGAGACAGUAAGAGUGAGUUGCAACAGCACACUUAAGCUUGGUGACAUUUAUCCCAAUUUGAUUGGAAUUUUGAGUUCCAAUUCUAUUUUGAUGAUGAUUAUGACAAUGGUGAUCCAAGAAUUUAUUCUUGAUGAUUUACAGUUUGUUGUGUUUGUGUACAACCUCUAGUGUUUUCUAGAGUAGAAUACACUUUGUAAUAAUGU